GGGGGAGCCCUGAGCUUUGGGGAAAGGGGGGAGCCCCGAGCCUCAGGGAAAAGGGGGAGCGGGAGCCCUGGGGAAAGCGGGGGAGCCCCGAGCCCUGGGGAAAAGGGGGAUGCUGGAGAAAAGGGGGAGCCCCGAGCCCUAGGGAAAAGGGGGAGGAAGAGGGGGAGCCCCGAGCCUCCAGCCCUGGGGAAAAGGGAGAACCCUGAGGAAAAGGGGGAGCGCCCGGGUGGUCCCCAAACGCCCCCGGCGCACCCCAAAUCGGGGCCCACCGAGGGACGGUGA